CCGAUCCGAUGUACCCAUAAUAUACACAAAGCAGAUGCCUCAUAGUCAUUGAGUGAGGACAGACGUUUGUUUACACUUUUGAGAACUCUCUUUUUGAGAGAACCAUUCUAAUUUCUGUAUAUCAAUCAUGGACAAUCCACCAUCAUAUGAUGAAAUCUGCAGGACAGAGCGUGAUAGCCGACCCCAGCAAGUGACCCUCACCCUAGUUUUACCAUCAGAGCCAGAGGAUCAGAACCAAGAAAAUGAACAAAGUAUGUCUGAUAAGGGCAAUGAGAGCACCACCACCACCCUUGAGCCCCCUCCCUAUGAAGUACUAGUACCUUCAGAACCACCUCCAAAGUAUGAAGAGAAUGAGAGUGAAUCCAAGCUCACCGACCAAGGUCUCCUUACGGACCAGGCAGCUGAAACUAAUUCAAGACUUGGUGCAGAUAUGAUCUUCACUCUCGCAUUUAUAAUCGCAUUCAUCUUCAACUGGAUUGGAUUCAUCUUUGCCUAUUGCCUUAGCAUGAGCAUGGCAGGACGUUAUGGCGCCCUCUCAGGCUUCGGAGCGUCCAUGGUCAAGUGGUCCAUCAUUGCAAUGAAUGCCGAGUGUUGUUCAGAAUAUUUGAAAAGUGCAGCUUGUCUUCUUGUUGCCCUGAUAUUGUGCGGAUUCUUGAUAUUUGUGAGAGGUAUCUACCUACAUAUCAAGUAUAAGGCUCAGAAUCCCAAUGGAGAGAAUGAGAACAAGCCCAUGUAUAUCGUCUACCAUCGGAUGUGAACACAACUACAGCAUUCAACACACAAUAUCAUCUGAUCCAUUUAAGAUGUCAGAGCAAAUCAUCAUCACAUCCAGACGCAAUGACAGUUUAACCAUCUCAUCAACAGAAGUCACAACUGGCCUUCAAACAACUCAUCAUGAAAAAUUAUAAUUCUAAAUGCUUCUUCAGAUACGAAGCAGUAAACUGUCAGUUUUUCUGUAACAUGUAAAUGAAUGGCAACUGCGUGCAACAAAGGACCUGUGCGUAUUUCCUUAUCUCUGUGUUAUAAGAUACAGAAAUAUAAACCGUAUUAAACUUUUGUCAUCACAAAAAAACUGCUGCAGAUUACCGCCUCGUAUCUGAACGAGGCUUUAGCCUCUUUGUAAGAACGUAUUAUUCACUUGGUGCACAUUUUUUUAUGUGUAGAAAAAAAUUGUUAUCAUGGACUUGACCAUAAUUAUAAGAGAUUUAUAUAACUUCAUUUUGUACACAAGAGAAAUCUUUUACGUAAUUCUGUCUUACUGUUCUAGGUUUUAGCUUUCUUUGUUGAUGGAGUUUGGAAAAUUGUAUGAGGUACCGUAUGCCCACACAAAGGCUAAAAUGCUGAAGGUACUAUUUAAUGUUUAGAUAUUCAUCUGUCUUCAAAUGUAGAGGGGAAAAACAUCCUUUGAAGCUAUAAGAAUAUGAUCAUGUUGUAUUAAGACAAAUAGGGGGAAUAAGGUUAAUUAUUAAUGGUGAGUCCAGGGUGGUCUUCAAACCAUUUAUGAAAUUUGCUGUCAAAGUGUUGAAUAAUAGCUUUUAGCUUGUGAAAGACUGUAUUAAAUUUCAAUUCACUAUGUUCAGCUGAGGGAAUAUUACAGUUAUGUCAACAACAUCUUUGAUUGUUUCAUGUUAAUUAGAUGCACUUGUGUAAACAUAUUUUUUGUUGAUCUAGUUGAAUGGGUAACCAAGAAUUGUUCAUGUAAAUUAUUGAUAUAAAAUUCUUCAUACUUCAUUA